AUGGUAUAUUCCCAGAGAAGAAGUCCAGGUUCCCCGCGCCUGCUGCUCUGGCUUCUGCUCCUCGCAGUCUGGGAAGCCGGGAGCGGCCAGGUCCACUACUCGGUCCCGGAGGAGGUCAAACACGGCACCUUCGUGGGCCGCAUCGCCCAAGACCUGGGGCUGGAGCAGGCGGAGCUGGUGCCGCGCCUUUUCCGAGUGGCGUCCAAAGGUCAUAGAGACCUUCUGGAGGUAAAUCUGCAGAAUGGCAUUUUGUUUGUGAAUUCUCGGAUCGACCGGGAGGAGCUGUGCGGGCGGAGUCUGGAGUGUAGCAUCCACCUGGAGGUGAUCGUGGACAGGCCGCUGCAGGUUUUCCAUGUAGAGGUGGAGGUGAAGGACAUUAACGACAACCCGCCAAGGUUUUUCCGACAGGAACAAAGAUUAUUUAUUUUAGAGUCAAGAAUAGUGGAUUCCCGGUUUCCGCUAGAGGGCGCAUCUGAUAUGGAUGUCGGAGCAAACGCAGAAUUGAGAUACAAAUUAAAUCCUAAUGAAUAUUUUGAUUUGGAUGUUAAAGCAAAUGAAGAAGAAACAAACAUUUUAGAGCUGGUCUUAAAGAAAGCAGUAGAUCGAGAAGAAAUCCAGGAACAUCUUUUAUUACUGACUGCAAUUGAUGGAGGAAAACCUGAACUAACAGGUACAGUUCAAUUAUUGAUCAACGUAUUGGAUGCGAAUGAUAAUGCCCCCAAAUUUGAUAAAUCAGUUUAUAAUAUCAGAUUAUUAGAAAAUGCACCAAAUGGGACAUUAGUUAUUAAACUGAACGCCUCAGAUGCAGAUGACGGCAUUAAUAAGGAAAUAGUAUACCUCUUUAGUGAUCUUGUUCUUGACAACGUCAAAUCUAAAUUUAUAAUUGAUUCGAAUAAUGGGGAAAUAACAGUUAAGGGAGAACUGGAUUACGAAGACUGUAAUUUAUAUGAAAUUAAUAUUGAUGCCGUAGAUAGAAGUCCAUUCCCAUUAACUGGACACUGCAAAGUAAUAGUAAAACUCCUAGAUGAGAAUGAUAAUACCCCAGAGAUGGUCAUAACCUCCAUAUCUCUGCCGGUCCAAGAGGACGCUCCAGUGGGGACUGUCAUCGCCCUGAUCAGUCUGUCCGACCGCGACUCCGGUCUCAAUGGGCAGGUGACCUGCUCACUAACACCCCAUGUCCCCUUCAA